UCACCUAGAAUACCCACUAAAACACAGGUGGAUAUUCGUGACAGAGAAAAUAAAGUGAAAAAACGUGGUAGCCGUCCAUAUUCCAGCAUGCACAUACCACAGUUCUACUUUCCCUCUGGGAAACCAGCGACAGGCCUGGAAGUAGAGACCAUCCUGCAGAAGGUUGCCCAGGUGUUUGCUGGGCUGGAAGGUGGGAAGGCCUACAAGCAACAGAUGGGAGCCAUCACUAAGGCAUCUGGUCUGCCCUUAUUUUGGAAAAUCCUGUUGUUCCGAUCAGCAGGGGGAACCAGUGAUGGCUUUAUCUCCUAUCAGAGUUUGUCCAUACUUCUGAAAAAGUUGUACCAGUCAUGUCAUGAUGAGGCCUCUAAGUUCAUGAGACUGGUUGCCAAACCUGGAGCAUCUGUCCUUGACUUUGAAGACUUUGAACCUCUAGUUCAGGAUGUUGUUGAAUCUCAUCCUGGGCUGACAUUCUUGCAGGACGCUCCAGAGUUUCACUCUCGUUAUGUUACCACAGUCAUAUCUCGAGUCAUGUUUUGUGUCAACCGGUCAUGGACCGGCAAGAUUACUGUGCCAGAACUUCGCAAGUCCAAUUUUUUGCAGACACUGGCCAGACUGGAAGAGGAAGAUGACAUCAACCAGAUCAAAGAUUAUUUUUCUUACGAACAUUUUUAUGUCAUCUACUGCAAGUUCUGGGAACUGGACAAAGACCAUGACUUAUUUAUUGACAAAAAUGAUUUAUCUCGGCACAAUGACCAUGCACUCAGUUCACGCCUUGUUGACAGAAUCUUCUCAGGGGCAGUAACUAGGGGACCAGAGUUUCACGAAGGAAAAAUGAGUUACAAGGAAUUUGUGUGGUUCUUGUUAGCAGAAGAAGACAAAAGGCAUCCAACGAGCAUCGAGUACUGGUUCCGCUGUAUGGAUUUGGAUGGAGAUGGUGUCAUAUCCAUGUAUGAAAUGGAGUACUUUCAUGAAGAGCAGAUGAAUAAGAUGGAGACCUUGGGCAUUGAAAGGCUUCCGUUUGAAGACACAGUGUGUCAGAUGAUGGACAUGGUGGGUCCAAAACAGGAAGGGAAGAUAACUCUCAGCGAUCUAAAAGCUUGCAAAAUGACAAAUAUUUUCUUUGACACUUUCUUUAACCUUGACAAAUUCCUGGAUCAUGAACAGCGAGAUCCCUUUGCUAAUGCUAGGGAUCCAAAUUCAGAACCAACAGAAACCAGUGACUGGAAUAGAUAUGCAGAAAUAGAAUAUGACAAUCUGGUAGCUGAUGAAGGAAAUGCAGAUAUGGAUGAUGGGAAUUAUGAGGAUGAUUUUGAACCGGAAGACGAGGAGGAAAUGAUUCGAGAUGAAAUGUUGAGACUAGCAGAUGCAGCACCACCACCACAGAGAACGUCUGGCGCGGUGCACAGCAGUGAAGAUAUUUAUGACUUCAGUAACACAUCGAAUCUAGGAUAUUGA